AUGGAUGCUUUGCAACGCCCAUUUCGAAUCCUUCCCGAGUUCUGUUUAUAUGCCGAAAAACAUGAAAUAUUUGAAUUGUUUCAGAAUCUCUUGGAGAAGAUUGUCAUUGAGAAGCCAGAUGAUCCUCUGAAGUUCUUGAUUAAGCAGUUAGAAGAUGGAAUAGGCCUAGAAGUACUAAAGUUUGUGAGCAUCAAACCCAGAACAAAUGCACCUUACAUUCCGCGUGUUUUGUUACUUGGACCACCAGGAGCUGGGAAGCAGACACAGGCUUCACUUCUUAAUGCCAAGUAUGAUUUUGUAAAAGUUGAUGCCAAAGAAGUGUUAAAACAAGCAAAGCUCAGAAAAUCUACAGUAGGCAACGCUUGCAAACUGAUCUUGGAUGCAGAGAUGACAAUCCCUGACUCUUUGGCAGCCGAAGCUUUGUCGGAAAGGCUGAAGGAACAAGAUUGUAUUUCAAAAGGUUGGGUUAUUUUUGGAUUCCCGAACUCGAUCAGUCAAGCUAGAGAACUUACUGUAAUUCUUAAAGACACAUCGCCACCAAACAGGGUGGUUUUCUUGAAUGUCGCUAUGAAAACUUGUCAUCGUCGCCUAGUUCACCGUCGCUUUGACUCCAUUGACGGUACAUCGUAUCAUCUUGUGGACGAUCCACCCCCAGAUGAUUUGCCUAGAAAGAGGCUACUUCAGCAUCCGGAGGAAACAGAUGAGGCACUAUCAAAAAGGUUAACCUCCUUUUCGAAAGAUUCCAAAAAUAUUCAGGAAUUAUUUGAAGAUAAGUUGAUAACUGUCGACGGAGAGCAAAAUAUCAGGACAGUGCUUGAAACCGUUGAGAACGCCAUUUUUCAACCUAUUCCUCGUAAAACGUUAGUAAACGCUGCUAAUAAUGAACUUUGA